AUGCAACGCAGCCUCAACAUCAAGACCUUUGGUGUUGCUGGCCACAGCUCAAGCUUUCAUUAUAUCGCCUACUCAUCGUCCUCAAACAUUGAUCUACGUGCUCACGUACUGCCGUCUCUUACCGUCGAAUUGCCCCCAGUCGUCAUCACAAGUCAAUCCUGGCAUCACAUCGCAGACUUGGAGCUGGCUGAUCCGGGUCACCUAUCUCCAGGUCGGAUAGACAUCCUCAUCGGAGCCGACUCCUAUGGUCGAAUUAUCAAGCCUGGAGUAAUCACAGGAAACUCGGGUCAGCCUAUCGCUAUUCAGACUAUCUUCGGAUGGGCAGUUCUUGGUCCUGCUGGUCCAUCUUCUACCACCGAGCCUGCUCACCAAGGUCAUCUUAUCUCAAACUCGCAGCUUUACGAACUCGUCUCGAGAUUUUGGAAGUACGAGGAAGUUCCAUCCUCUCACCAAGAGUCUCUCAGUGCUGGAGAAGCUGAGUGCGAAGCUCACUUCAUCUCCACUCACUCUCGCGACAGCUCAGGUCGCUACAUCGUGCGCAUGCCCUUCAAACCCAACGUUCCUCCACUUGGACACUCGAAAGGCAUCGCUUAA